GCGUUGUGGGUGACGUCACGAGCAAAAACAAUCACCACCACAACAUGGAUGUAGCUAAUGUAACCACAAGCGAUUGUUGAAAAGCUAGCUCGCAUUUGCCUAAGCUAAACAGUCGUUACUCUUGGAAUCCAUUAACACACGUGUAAAUAGAUCAUCAACACGUUAGGCUCGACUAUGGUUUAUAUAAUUCGUAGGAGCGUACGGGUUGUUGACGGUUUGAUGCCGUUAACGUUAGUUAGCAUACCGUUACGAAUGCUAUCGUUAAGCUAAAGAGUCACAGCUGGCUAGGUGACAUUUCGAAUUAACAUGAAGGCAUUUCGUGAAUAGAUCGUUCAUUAGUCCAGCUUUUUAACGUUUAUAAUUUUAUAAAUAUCAAUGAGUUAAUGUAUUACUCAUCUUACUUAUCUUAAACACCCACAACAACAAGUGGAUGUAUAGUUGGACAUACUGCUCUGCGUUAAUGGUGUACAACCUUAACAGCCUGUGGUAGCAUUUUACAAGACUAACGCUAAAUAUAAAGUCCUCUAAAGACACCGACAGUUUAUCAUGUCGGACUUGGACACCCUCAUUGUAACUUUCCAGACCCAGCUCUUGGAUGUGAUGGAGGCUGUGGUGAAGACAGCCAUGUACGAGGUCACCAGGUUAGUGGAGGAUGGCUUGUUGGAGGAGGUGCAGCGCAGGAACCGGGAGGUGGAGUCCCUGAGGAUGCAGCUGCAAUGGGCUGAGAGGAAAUUAAGUGACCAAGGGGGGAAUGAAGGAGGGAAAACUGGGAGGUGUGUCCACUGUGCCAAGGAUGAUGUGGAACUGUCCAGUCACACUGCAAAAGAAAGGCCCAAAGAACAGCAGGAUGACAUUUUGGGGGGCUGUGGUGUGAAAGAAGAGGGUGACUAUGUGGAAAGGUGGACAAUAAGCCGUACGCAGGAAGUCAUACCAGAGUCAACACGGGCAGCAGACAACGCUGCAUCCACUCUCAGCCCUGAGAGGAAAUCACAGACAACAGAAGAUGAUGUGGAUGGGAAGGAAGAAAAAGUGAAUAAGCCGUCUUGUUCUUUUGUGCAUUGCAGCGGUCCCCUUGAGGGUGAAGCAGGACCUGAAUCCCACAGUGCUACUGAGAAGACUGAGGCACAACCAAAACAGACUCAGGAGAACAGUGAAGAAUUGUGGGGUGUUAUUAAGCAAGACCCACAGAUCUCUGCUGCAUAUGUCUUUCCUGAAGACCAGGGGGAAACGUACAUGGCUACAGAUCCAUCUUUAGAGGUGGACAGCGGUUGGCCUCUAACGCAAACAGAACACGAGCGGUCAAACUCUGUCACAGCAGGUGACGACGUUCCGGCUACCCCAAGGAGAGAUCAGAUUCCAUCCUCAGUGUCCCCGAAGGCAAGGCCGCCAAACAGCGACGCGUCAGGCGUGACUAUCAAGCAGGAGGUUAUCGUUGAUUCUGAUGGGUGUGUGGAAAGCGAGCCCCAAGAAAAGAAAACGACAAGGUCUGGGAUGGCGUCUUUCUCAUGUUCAUUAAAACAGCGCAGAGUGAGUUCAGAAGCACUCAGGCAGAACCACAUUUCCCACAAAGCCACGGCGCAGGAGGUUAUGAAGCUGCAUUCCAAAGUGGGCACAGGUAUCAGACUGCAAGCCGCCAUGCAGCACCUCCACAGGCCGAUGAAAAAGCCCGCUCACACACACUCGGACAGUAGCGCCGCGGCGCCGUCCAUAGCUCACUCUCAGGCUGUACACUUAAAUCCCCUCAACAGAACGCCCUCCACAUCUAAAGCCGCUCCUCCUCCCCUUCCUCCUCCUCCACACUCAGCCCAGCGAGUUCAACAAGCCGCAGCACAUAACCGAACUUGCGCCCCAUGGAUCAGCAUCAAGACCCAUCAGUCUGCGAACUCCCUACCCGCCAACCCCUUACCCCAUUCGGACUCUCACCCUCACGCCGGCCCCAGGCACCUCCUGCGCUGUGGCCAGUGCGGGAAGUGCUUCCCCCACCCCAGCAACCUGAAAGCCCACCUGCAGACUCACACAGGCGAGAGGCCUUUCUGCUGCUCGCUCUGCGGCCGUAGCUUCACCAAGCUGAGCAACCUCAAGGCCCACCGGCGGGUCCACACCGGAGAGAGACCGUACUGCUGCUCGGCGUGCGGCAAACGCUUCACCCAGAAAUGUAACCUGAAACGCCACCAGAGGAUCCAUCUGGAUGUAUGACAAUGGACAGCCAGUGAUUAAAAGACUUACCGUUUGAUGUGUUUCUUUUUUUUUUUUUUUUUAGGCUACAUUUACAUUGCUACGUUUUGGUUUUUAAGCGGCUUCCGUGAAGUGUUUUUA